UGACCUCAAACUUAAACAAACCAUUGCUUAUGUCAUAAAUUGAUUUGAACACGUGCUUCCUAAACAAUAAUAAUGUCAGACAUCAAUAAUAGCUCAAUUCCCAAGCAAAUUAAACUGGAUGCAACAUUUCCAUCUGUCCUGGAGAAUGAACACAACACGAAUGCUUCUAACAACGAUGUUCAUGAAUUUAAAUUCAGUAAUGAAUUAUCCCUAGAAACAAUAAGACAGAUCCAACAAGAAUUUUGUAAAGAAAGAAACUGGGAUCAGUAUCAUUCCCCGAGAAAUAUACUGUUGGCUUUAGUGGGAGAAGUGGGUGAGCUGUCAGAAAUCUUUCAGUGGAAAGGGGAAGUAAAAGAGGGCCUUCCAGAUUUUUCAAAGAAAGAAAAAGAUCAUGUUGGGCAAGAAAUGAGUGAUGUGUUGAUUUAUCUAAUAAGAAUGGCUGAUCGAUGUAAAAUUGACUUAUCCACUGCUGUAACUGAUAAAAUUAAACAAAAUAAACUCAAAUAUCCAGCAGAUAAAGUGUUUGGAAAAAGUGAAAAAUAUACAGAAUAUGAUUGAAGAAGGGACAGAAGAGUUUUGCGAGGACAAAUCAGAUUUUAUUUCAUCCAUUUUAUAGCUCUCACAUGAUUAUUGACAUUCAAAAUAAAACCUAUUUUAACACA